UAAUUUCUAAUGAAAUCCGGCCCAGUGCACUAUUGUGUUCUAGAUCCGCCGCUUGGUCACCAUAUUGACAAAGUGUCGUAAUAAAGAUGUUUUCAUCGGCGCCAACCCACGAAACAAAGAACGAGAAAUUUUUUUCAACGCGAUAAUGAAUUGAUGUAUUCAAUAUGCACCACUACUAGAUAAGUAAGAUGGCUUUACAGAAAGGAGGAAAAUGUUCCACGCCAAACCGAUCGUGCACCAUUGGCAGAGAAUGAUCCAUCUUCGGGCUCAUAAUCCUCGAAGUUUCCGAGUGAACCACUCUUAAAAGACGUUCUAAGCACAUCCAUGUGAAUGGAUGAGCUAUGUCAAGAUGACUAGCAUAUAUGACUCUAGAAAAGGAAAGUACAUAAAUCUGGCAAUAACGAAACAAUGUUAAUCACCUAAUCGUAUUUAAGGAGAACACAUAAAAAUGGAUAAUUGAAAGUCAGAUAACAUGUCUAGCUAUGAGACAAUCAAUUGUGGAAAAAGAAGAAACUUGAAGAAUUCGAAAUAAUGGAAAACGCGGAGAAAUGGUUGAUUGAAUACCUGAAAAACCAGCCAGCAGAAUCGGAGAAGGUACCCAGACAGGUGGUCCAAUGGAAACCUCUAGAUAAAGCAACCUACAAGAUCAACGUCGACGCGACGACCUUCGCCGGAGCUGGCACUGGUCUGGGGGUGGUGGUUCGAGACAAAAAUGGGGUUUUUUGCUGUGCGGGUGUUAGAAGAACUCGAAUUCAAUGGACAUCGGAAUUGGCUGAGUUGCAAGCCAUUAAAUUUGGUUUGGAGAUUGCAGUGGAAAAGGGGUUUGUUCCGGGAGAGAUUGAAUCGGAUUGUCUCGGAGCAGUGCAACAGAUCGAGAAGGAAGAGACUUCGAUGGCAGAGGAAGGAGCGGAGAGUGAAAAAGUAAGAGAAAUGAUCGAUAGUCUCAAUGGUUUGAUGGGGAUCCAGUUCUCGGUCCGAGAAAGUACUCGGGCAACCCACAUUUUCGCCCAUAUAUAGUGUGGGUGGAGAGAAACAGAAAUCUGGGCCUCUAGGUCACCAAUUUUCCUUGUGAACCAACUUAUUUCUGAUUCCUGUAAUAUUUCGCAUUGAUGAAAUAAUACAGGCUUAUCUAUAAUAAUAAUAAUAAAAACCUGUCUAGCUAUGAGAUUUCCAUACACAAUAAAAAUAAAGUGUCCCA